AUGACUUAUUCAAAGAGUUCAUCAUCAAUAGAUUCGCCGUCUGCGCCAAAGGCUGCCAUCACAAUACCGAAUGGUAAGAGAACUUCAUUUCUCCAAGCGAGUUCCUUGGCUACAAGAAGGAGCUCUUUGUCCCGAUCUUUUCAAAUGAUGCCUGGGAAACCAGGUAAGAGCUUUGACUCUCAUGUUUUGGUAGAUGUGGUUUCACCAAAUUUCAAAACUCAACGCCCAGAGGAGGAAACUGAGAUAAUUAACAGUCUUCGAAAGACAUUCCUGUCUGACAACUUAAAGAGAGAUUCCAGUUCUUCGGUGGGUAGUCCCGACGAAAAUACAGCAAGAAGUAUGGUAACGGAUGUCAACACGGCUGCAACUACCGAGUCAAUUGACAAGUCUCUGACACCGACAAUCGCGCGUGCUGGAGGUGAUAUUACAAGAGAUAUUUACAAGUUUGCUACCACGAACGGUGAGAAUGGUGGAAAAGGUCCUAAAUCUAUGGAAGAUGUUAGUUUAGCCAUGGAGAGCCGGAGACGGCAGUCCACCGCAAGUGGUCUUAACGUUCCUGGAGGUUUCAGAAGGGAAUAUAUUGUGAGUAAGGUGAGACAGCAGCAGCAGAAUCUACCAACUGAUUACGGUACAAGCCACCCAAGUUCACCUAAUAGCUCACUUCUUCCGUCGCCUGCUCUACCAGCUGAGGAUAUUGACAAGGUACCCUUUCUAACGAGGAAUUUCUUGGAGUUCCUCUACGUUUACGGACAUUUCGCAGGUGAAUCUUUCGAAGAUGACUUUUUAUCAGAGGACGGUAACUUACCCAAGAGCCUUGGGGAGAGGUCAAAUUUGAUGCUGGAAGAAGGUAGAGGAGGUAGAUUGGGUACUUCGCUUCAAUCUGUCAAAGGUAAUACCCCAACCAUGACAGCUUUUUUCCUUCUAUUGAAAUCAUUCAUUGGUACCGGUGUGCUUUUCCUCCCAAACGCUUUCUCUAAUGGUGGAUUGUCAUUCUCGAUCGUUAUGCUGUCCUUUUUCGGAGCAUACUCCUACUGGUGUUAUUUCAUAUUGAUCAGAGCUAAGAAAAUCACUGGGGUGACUUCUUUUGGUGAUAUUGGUCUCAGACUCUUUGGCCCGUGGAUGAAGUUUGUCAUUUUGUUUUCGUUGGUUUUAACUCAAAUAGGGUUUUCUGGUGCUUAUGUUAUAUUCACCGCAGAAAACCUGAAAGCAUUUACCAAAAACGUCUUUCUAGUGUCUGACGUACCGAUUUCAUACUUUAUGAUCAUUCAACUGAUCGUCUUUAUCCCAUUAUCAUUCAUCAGAAAUGUGUCGAAGCUAUCACUACCUUCUCUACUGGCGAACUUCUUCGUCAUGGCCGGUUUGGCGAUUGUACUAUUUUUCAGUACUAAGCAUUUAGUAAUCGAUUUGGGCAUGAGAGCUGCAGAUGGCGUCAUCGUGGGAUUCAACCAAAGCCGGUGGUCAAUGUUCGUUGGUACCGCUAUCUUUGCCUUUGAAGGUAUCGGCUUGAUUAUUCCAGUGCAAGACUCGAUGAGACACCCAGAAAAAUUCCCAAUGGUUCUGGCCUUAGUGAUCGGAAGCUCCACGGUACUUUUCAUCACCAUUGCAUCGAUUGGAUACUUGGCUUACGGCUCAGCGAUCGAGACAGUGAUUCUCCUUAACUUGCCUCAAAAGAAUGUUUUCGUGAAUCUGAUCCAAUUCUUUUACUCACUUGCCAUCAUGCUGUCCACACCUCUACAGCUUUUCCCGGCCAUCAAGAUCAUUGAAAACAAAGUAUUUCCCAAAUUCACGAAGAUAUACGUCAAGAAAGAUGAUGAUACGACAGAUAUUCAGCUGCGUCCGAAUUCCGGCAAGUUAAAUUGGAAAGUGAAAUGGCUUAAGAAUUCUGUCAGGGCCAUAAUCGUUGCCCUGGUUAUCCUAAUGGCGUAUUACGGAGCAGAUAAAUUGGACAAGUUCGUUUCAAUCAUAGGAUCCUUUGCCUGUAUCCCAUUGGUGUACAUGUAUCCGCCAAUGCUCCAUCUACAGAGUUACAGUCGACCAAGAUCAGCUGGUCAGAAAUUUCCUUGGAGAUCAAUCGUUGACUGCGUUUUGAUCGUGUUUGGUGGCGUCAGCAUGUGCUACACCUCCUAUCAGAGCAUAUUUGCGAGCUAA